AUGGUAUCGAUCACGAAGUCAGCACCCGCGUCAAACCUAUUCACGGUGGAGAAAUACCAUCACAGAUUCUACCUGUUGAAGUACGCGCCGCUCCAGACCAUGAAGACAGCCAAGGCUCCGGGACCGGACCAUGUUUCGACCGACCUCUUACGAGCUGGAGGACAUCGCCUACACGAGAUACUUGCAGAACAUCUUACGUCUUACCUUCAAAAUGAAUUAUCCGCGACCAGUCGAAAACCUCCCAAAUAA